UUCAAAUCCGGUCUUUUGAACAGAAUUAUCCGAGUACAACCUGAGAAGCUGAUUGAAAAUCUUUGGAACGACGUCAGCCCGAAGAAGUUCCGCAGAGAGUCGCCAAUGGUGAUCCAAUUUCAUUUCCUUCCCAGAAGACAACGCGGUCGUAUAUGCAAUCCUUGUGCUGUUCUAGCUAAGACAGAACUAUAGAACGAAUUGCUCGC